UCCAUCAUAUGAGCGCGGGGAAAGGUGUCAUCGAGGUGGAUGGAUGGAUGGAUGGAUGGGGGGAAGGGAGGCUGCGCUCUCCCUGCGCCGUUUACUACAGCAUGGGGCGCACGAGCUGAGGCUCCGCGGUGGGCUGGCGAACACCGCAGCACGAGCCUGUUAGAGGAGGUAAACGUUCCCGUCCUCCUCGCUCUCCACACGUUUUCUUUUUACUCGUGUACUCCUUUCUUUGAUAACCUUGCUGGAAUUUGGGGACAAUUUUGUGUGGCGGGGAGGGAAAAUUUUUACUAUUCCUUGAGUUCUCCAAAUGAAAACGCGCAUCGAAAUCCUUUUACAUGCGUUUUAGAUGGUUAGUGAUCUGAGGAUAAGCUGUUUUUGAAAGGGGUGGAAUUGCUCUCAGAGCCCUGCGCCAAAAUGGCAGCUGGAGUAGCAGCUUGGCUCCCCUUUGCUCGGGCUGCUGCCAUCGGUUGGAUGCCGGUGGCUAACUGCCCUAUGCCUGUUGCACCCAGGGACCACGGCAAACGGCAGGAUGAGCUCAUCAUCCUCAAUGUGAGUGGUCGUCGCUUCCAGACCUGGAGGACAACACUGGACCGCUACCCAGACACUCUGUUGGGUAGCUCGGAGAAAGAAUUUUUUUACAAUGAGGAGACCAAGGAGUAUUUCUUUGACCGUGAUCCUGAUGCCUUCCGCAGCAUCCUCAAUUUCUACCGGACUGGCAAACUGCACUACCCCAGACAUGAGUGCAUCUCGGCCUAUGACGAAGAGCUUGCCUUCUUCGGCAUCAUCCCUGAGAUCAUUGGUGACUGUUGUUAUGAAGAGUACAAGGAUCGAAAGCGGGAAAAUGCUGAGCGCCUCAUGGACGACCAGGAGGAGAACAAGGACAACAAGUUGCCUAAUAUGAAUUUCAGAGAGACCAUGUGGCGGGCAUUUGAAAAUCCCCACACCAGCACGAUGGCCCUGGUUUUCUACUAUGUGACUGGCUUCUUCAUUGCUAUCUCUGUCAUCACCAAUGUAGUGGAGACUGUGCCCUGUGGCUCAACCCCCAACCAGAAAGAUGUGCCUUGUGGUGAGCGCUACACUGUGGCCUUUUUCUGCAUGGACACAGCCUGUGUCAUGAUCUUCACAGUAGAAUACUUGAUGCGGCUAUUUGCUGCACCUAGCCGCUACAGAUUCAUGCGCAGUGUAAUGAGUAUUAUCGACGUAGUAGCCAUCCUGCCCUACUACAUUGGCCUAGUCAUGACCAACAAUGAGGAUGUGAGCGGCGCCUUUGUCACUCUGCGGGUCUUCCGCGUCUUCCGGAUCUUCAAGUUUUCUCGUCAUUCACAGGGCCUACGCAUUCUGGGCUACACGCUGAAAAGCUGUGCCUCAGAGCUGGGCUUCCUUCUCUUCUCCCUCACCAUGGCUAUCAUCAUCUUUGCUACUGUCAUGUUCUAUGCAGAGAAGGGUUCCAGCUCCAGCAAGUUCACCAGCAUCCCAGCCUCGUUCUGGUAUACCAUAGUCACUAUGACAACUCUAGGCUAUGGGGAUAUGGUGCCCAAGACGAUUGCAGGGAAGAUCUUCGGUUCCAUCUGCUCACUGAGCGGGGUGUUGGUAAUAGCCCUGCCCGUUCCAGUCAUCGUGUCCAACUUUAGCCGAAUCUAUCACCAGAACCAGAGAGCAGAUAAACGCCGGGCUCAGAAGGUACAGAAAGCCAGACUGGCCAGGAUAAGGGUGGUGAAGACAGGCAUGUCAAGCGCCUUCCUUCACAACAAGCGGAAUGGCCUCUUCAAUGAGUUGCUGGAACUUCCAUGUUCUGAAGAAGUGGAGCAACAUCUGAGCAAGACCGCAUCCCUACUGGAGAGCCAACACCACCACCUACUGCACUGUCUGGAGAAGACUACCGCCCAUGAAUUUGUUGAUGAGCAGCUGUACGAGCAGAAUUGUCGAGAAGGAGCAGUGCAAAGCUACCCAUCCUGCAGCCCCUCCCUGUCAAGCCAGGAAGGCCCAACAGGCACCUGCUGCACACACCAAGCCCGGAAGAACCCUCUGCCUGACGCCAGUGUCCCCCCAACUUGCCAGGGUGCUUUACAGGAGCUUAGUGCUGUUCACAUCCAGUGCAGUGACCAGCCAGCACUCAGCACCAGUCGCUCCAGCCUCAAUAUGAAGCUGGACGAUACGUCUCGCCUCAACUGCAAAAGUGGGUUGAUCACCACAGCGAUCAUCAGCAUCCCUACACCACCAGCUGUGAGCCCCGAGGGUGACAGUCAGCCGCUCACCAGCCCCAGCAUGCAGACCAUAGCCAGUUCGAACGCUGUCAAGGUGUCCACCCUGUGAAGGAAUUUCAGAGACAGGUGACACAAAGAAAAAAAUACCACCUUGGAGAAACUGCCAGGGUGCUGUAGGAAGGCAUCGACUGUGACUGCAAGCGGAGGCAUCUCCCAAGGUAAAGAGUGAAGGAGUGAAGGAAAGUACAUGAGUGGAGGAGGAGGUUCUUUGUGUCACCACGUUCCACGGCACGAGAGACAGAACGUGUGUGUGUGUCUCUGUCUGUCUGUCUGUCUGUGUGACAUCAGAUACGACUGUUGUCUUGCACAGUGGCCAUGUUUGUGUCCCAGGAUAUUUCAUGUUAUUGUGUUUUACACACCUUUUCAGUUGUCACAGUCUGGCAGGUUUUUUAAACUGUGGUAAUGAAAGGAAUGCCCCCCACAGAGCAGAGAUGUUCCUUUGUAAAAACAGAGCAUGUAGUUUGUUAGUUAUGUGUUUUUGUCCAGUUUCAUUCACCUGUGUUUUAUUCCUUCAUAGAAUAUUCAACGUGUUGAUAAAGCAGUCAUGUAUAUGAGCAAAUCUCAACUUUCUGAGAAGAAUACAC